UGGCACUUGAUAUGCAGUUCUGAAAAACUCUUUGAAAUGACAACCUAAAUCAGAUUUAAACUAUUAUUUCAAUAUAUCCAAUGUAUUAAUUUAGACUACAUGGUUCAAUUGCUAUUGUAAUAGGAUUAAGAAAAUGCUCUAAAACCAUAUGCCUUCUCGAAUGUUUUAAUUCAACAAUUCACUUUUGCUGCUACACAUCCAAUAGACGAUCCUUUGUAAAUUUUAUAUUCCCUUGAAUAGCUAAAAUUAUGUACCUCAACAGUGAAAUCCUUUAUCGAUUAAGCUGAUAUCACAAGAGCCAGACCUGAAGUAAUUACCUUCUCGAAUAAUUCAAACUUGAGCUAAAAGGAUAUCUUAAAAGUCUUACACAACAAAUGCUAAGUAUGCAGUCUAUGACUUCAUUUAAGAAGUACUAUUUGUCCUCUGCUUGUUGUAAUACUUGGGUAAAUAGAUAGAAGAUAUUAGA